AUGCUGCAACGACUUGCCAUCCUCGCCUCGGCGGUGGGUAUUUGCCAUGCAACAACUCAAAUCGUCACCGGCGCCACUCUUUUCGUCGGAGACUCAACGCCCAUCGUGAACACCUCGUACGCUCAGUUCCAAGGCAAAAACGACGACAGGACAGGCACCUCGAACUAUCUUGGCAUUCCUUAUGCUACUGCGGCGCGGUUCAACCACUCGAUAAUAGCUGAGACCGUCGUCUCCGGCGUACAAAACGUUUCAGCCUACGGCGUCGUCUGCCCGCAGCACGAACUCCCAUCCUCCAUCGACCCCUCUGUACUGCCCCUGGGCAGUCUCUCCGGUACCCUCGUUGCCGCACUCUCGCAGUCUACACUAGAGCAGGGCGAGGACUGCCUCUCGAUCAACAUCCACGUACCGCAGAAUACCAGCAGCACCGCCGGCCUGCCCGUGCUGGUGUGGAUCCACGGCGGCGGCUUCGAGGCCGGCGCAGGCGGCUCGCUGAUGCAGGCCGAUGUCGAGAAUCCCGGCGUAGUCUACGAGGCCGCCAAUAUUGUUGCCCGUAGCGUCGCCAUGGGACAGCCCGUCAUUGUGGCCACGAUUAACUACCGGCUGAACCACUUUGGCUUCAGCGCCUCUGAAGAGCUGGCUGCCGCUGGCUUGCUGAACCUGGGCUUUGGUGACCAGCGCAACGCUCUUCGAUGGGUUAACAAGCAUAUCGGCUCGUUUGGCGGUGAUGCCGACAAGGUCACUAUCUGGGGCGAGAGUGCGGGUAGCUGGUCAGUGGCUGCACAUCUUGUAGCCAACGGCGGUGACAACGAGGGCCUCUUUUGGGCGGCCGUCGGCAGCUCGGGUGGACCGCUUAAGGUUGAUGGUCCGGCGAGACAGCAGGAUACCUUUGACUCCCUUGCUAGUUACGUUGGAUGUAGUGACGCCGUAGACGUGAUCGCCUGCCUGAGGGAAGCCUCAUACGACGACAUCUACGCGCACAUGCAGACAGUACCGUACUUCCUAGGCUACAACAGCUUGGCCUCGUCCUGGACCAUCCGCCCCGACGGCGAAGUCUUCACCGAUAGCCCUGACAAACUGGUCAGCGCGGGAGCCAUCGCCAACGUUCCUCUGCUCUGGGGUGACAUGCGAGAUGAAGGCACCCUCUUCUCACUCGUCAACGCCGCCAACACCACCACCGACGACGAAGUAAUGGACUACUUCCUGAGAACCUGGUGGCCCAACGCCACCGACGCGCAGCUCGAGCAGAUCUUGACGCUGUACCCGGCCAACCAGACGGCCGGUUCGCCAUUCGGUACGGGCGAGAACAAUGCGCUUUACAUGCAGUUCAAGCGCAUAUCGGCCAUCACUGGCGACUAUAGUUUCGAGAGCCAGCGCAGGCAGCUUCUUGAUGCCGCGCCGGGCACCAAGUGGAACUACCAGGUCGAACAGGCGCUGCCCGCGGCGGUACUGGAUGGCUCGGCGACGCUGGGCGCGGUUACGGCGGCCGAUUAUGCCGAUGCCAGCACGCUGGAGGCGAUUCCGUAUCUUGGAAGUUUCCAUGCGAGUGACGUCGUGUUAAACUUCUUUGGUACGCUGCCGGCGAACAAUUCGCGCCAUAUGAUGGGUACGCUGAUUGCGUUUGUAAACAACUUGGAUCCCAACAGGCACGACAUGAGUGAUGUGCCUACUUGGCCGCAAUACGAGUCGACUAGCCGGUCAACAAUUCUCUGGAGCGAGGCCGGCGCGGAGAUUGUGGCAGAUAACUAUCGCGAAGAGGCGAUCUCCUACUUAAAUGACAUUGGGGAUUCCUUGCGGAUUUGA